ACAAAAGUGGUGUGUGGUGCAGAAGAUGCCAACGCUAUUUUUGAACAGUUUCAUGCAAGUCCAACAGGAGGACACACUGGCCAGAAAAAAACCAGGGAUGCAAUUUGCAGGCGGUUCUUCUGGCCUGGUAUGACUAAAGACAUCGACAAAUGGGUGUCAGAAUGUGCAAUGUGCCAGUCAGCUCAGCGGCCAAUCAAACAGGAAGUUCAGUAUACUCCUAUAAAGGUUACCCAACCGUUUGAGCUUGUGGGAAUGGACUUAAUUGGGAAACUGAAAAAAACUAAUCAUGGAAACCAAUACAUAUGCGUCAUGAUCGACUACUUUACCAAGUGGCCGCAAGCAUAUGCCAUAAAGACAAAAUGUGCUGAUGAGGUCACUGAGCAGAUUUUAAAGUUCGUCUAUCAGUUUGAGGCACCAAAGAGGAUACUCACUGACCAAGGACGUGAGUUUGUAAAUGCGGUUAACAAGAGUGUGUGUGCCAAACUGGGCAUCCUCAGAAGCCUUUGCGCUCCCUACCAUCCACAGACCAAUGGUUUAAUUGAAAACAUGAACUCAACCAUUCAAAAGGCUCUCUGCAAACUUGUGGGAACAAGACCUGACACAUGGGAUGAGUAUUUGGAUCCUGUAAUGUUUGCCCUUCGGACCAAGAAGCAAGUUACAACAAAAUAUUCCCCAUACUUUUUGAUGUUUGGGAGAGAAGCCCGCUAUCCUGUGGAAAUUCCAGAGAACUAUGAGCUGGAUAGCACUGUGGAGGAUGUUGUUGGUGAGGAGAACAUUUCCAAAGCCAUUGAAGAGAUGGAUGACAUCAGAAAAAUAGUUUUGGAGAAUGUCUCCAAAGCACAAAACACAACAAAGAAGCGCCUAAAGUCUUUGGGGAAGAGUAUUGAUUUUGCUGUAGGCGACAUGGUUCUGAGACAGAACAUCAGAAGCCAGCAACGGAAAGGUGGAAAGCUGGAGGCCAACUUCCUUGGGCCCUUUACAAUCAUUGCACUUGCCGGCAAGAGUGCUGAUCUUCAAGGGGAAAAUGGCUCUGUUCAUAAAAAAGUCAGCAUUGACCAUCUGAAACCCUUUAAGCAGUGUGAUGUAAGGGUACCACAAAAGAUUGUAUCCAGUGUAUCCAAUGUAUCCAGUUCCCCAGCAUCUGCUGCUCCGCACAGUUCCCCAGCCUCAACCACAGAAGCAUCCGCUGCUCCUCACAGUUCCCCAGCAUCCGCUGCUCCUCACAGUUCCCCAGCAUCCGCUGCUUCCCACAGUUCACCAGCCUCAACCACAGAAGCAUCCGCUGCUCCUCACAGUUCCCCAGUAUCUGCUGCUCCGCACAGUUCCCCAGCCUCAACCACAGAAGCAUCCGCUGCUCCUCACAGUUGCCCAGCAUCCGCUGCUUCCCACAGUUCCCCAGCAUCCGCUGCUCCUCACAGUUCCCCAGUAUCUGCUGCUCCGCACAGUUCCCCAGCCUCAACCACAGAAGGAUCUGCUGCUCCAGCUGACACAUGCCCUGCAUCAUCAGAAUCAGCAAAUGAAAACUAUAAAGAAACAGAGAUUGCUAAAUAUGUGAAUGAGGUGUGGUCUGGAAAAUUCCAGAAUGCUUCUGUGAUAUUAUCCAAGAUUGGACCUUACAAGCUAUUUUGCUGGGACAUCGCAAGGCUUGCUCCCAGCCAAGAGCUUCAGAGCGAGGUCAUCAAUGCAUAUCUGACAGUGCUCAUCAAAAAUCACAACAAGAAGAAUGUGGACCAUGCUGCUGUGAUUGACACAUAUGAAAUGAAUCGGAUAUGGACCAAAAAAACCUCAAGACUGAAGAUGGAGCCGUUACAUUACAAGUUCAUACUUGGGAUUAUUAAUGAACACCACCACUGGAUGUUAACGGUAAUUCAUCCAUCAGAGAAAAGGUCUCUGUUCUUGGAUCCUCUGGGAGAAUCCCAUGAAAAGACCAAAAGAUGCCUUGAAGCAACCAGAGCAUUUAUGCGAAAAAGAGGCUGUAACGUGUCCAGGUGGGUGUGUGGCACUCUUCCCCAUGUGAACCAGCAGGAUGGAGUGUCAUGUGGUGUUUUUGUGUUAAAGUUUGCUGAGUGUAUUUUGGAAGGAAAACCUCUUCAGUUUGACAACAGCACAACAGCAAUGAACACCGUGAGGUUCCAGAUUGCAACCACUCUCCUCAAAGAAUCUGAAACACUCAAGAACCUCUGCCAUCACUGUGGCUUCCAAGACACUGACGAUCCACAGUGGAUUGCUUGUGACAACUGCGGCAGAUGGUACCACCAUGGCUGUGUCAAAAGUCCCCCACUACAAAAAAAGUACUUUUGUGAUGUCUGUGUGUCAUUUCUUUUUUAG